GACGGUCUCUAUGGUAACAGCUCUAAACAAGUCAAAGGAACUGAGAGGUGCUGUGUAGCUUAUACUCUAUACUGUAUACUGUCUUAACUAAAGCUGCAGUUCAAAAGUAUGCCGAAGAAAAAAGUGAAGAAAGGAGGAAAGAAAGGAAAAGGAAAAACAAAUAAGGAGAACAAAUCGAAUUCCAACACGGAUAAGGAAUGUGACACUGACAGGGCUAAAGCUAACGCGGCUCUGUGGGAGGCUCGGCUGGAGGUAACGGAAAAAUCGCGGGUGGAAUAUCGUGAAGCUGCUCGCAGACUGGCCCGGGAAAAUGAAGGGCUUACAAACCAGCAGUACAGAGCCGAGAAGGACACUACUGACAUUAUUGCUUUUCUGAAAAAGCAAGAACUCGAGAAAGAUGCACAGAUUGCUGCAUUGGAAGAACAGCUAAAAGAUGAGAAAUCAAAAGCCCUACAGGACAAAGAGUUUUUAGUUGCAGAGUAUACAGUGAAGAUUAAUGAGCUGGAGGAGAAGUUUAAGAAGAGAUCCAGAGAUUUUUCCAUGAUUCAAGGGGAGCUCAAGACCAUCAAGGAGUUCCGCAAGAAGAAAGCUCAUAUGGAACAAGAGUUGAUCACUAUGAAAGAAAGCAUGUACGUUGCUGAGCGUGAACACAAGGAGAGUCUUGCAAGAAUGGAGCAUAAAUUUUUCAUUGAAAAGGUCUGUUUAGAAAAGGAAGCAGAGCAGAAAAUUGCCCAGCUAGCAGAGAAAGCCCACAAUGAGGCAAUUGUGCAACUGGAUAAUGUGUCCCGCUCAGUGUUUAAGGAGAAUGUGCGUUUGAAUGAGGCACUUGGAUAUCACUUAAAAGAGGCAGAAGAGCUGAAAAGGAGCAAUAAGGCCCUGAUAGAGGAGAAUGCUUCUCUCAUCCUGGAUAAGGAAACAAGCAAGCUAAUGAUUACAGACAAUGUAGCUCAACUUGCAGCCCAGCGGAAUGAAAUCUCUGAGCUGAAGGCCCGAGUAGCCAGUUUGGAGCAGGAGCUGGCCCUCAUGAUAACCAAGUGUGAGAAGAAGAAUGUGACCAUGCAGGAGCAAGCUGUAGUUAGUGCUCAGGCUGGCAAGGUGGAGCUGGAGAAGCUGCAGAAACUGCUCGCCAUGCGUGAACGUGAGAUGGGCCGAGUGAAGCGGCUUGCACGCAGCAUUGUGGAACAGCGCACCCAGCUUGAGCUCUUCUUCCAUGAGGCUCUAGCUCAAGUUAAGCAGGAGAUCAUAACCAGCCAGAUCCACUACAGACAGGAAGCAAUGGAGGCUUAUCGUAAACGGAUGAGUGAAGCACGGUCAGGGAGGAAGGAGUACCCCCACAUACGCACCUUUAACAAAGCUCCACACAGCACCAACAAUGUUUACAAUGAUCUGGAAGAGGCUGAAAGAUGGAGCAACCUGCAGAGCUCAAAAGUGGACAUUUCUGAUCUGACCUGGGAGCAGAAGGAGAGGGUGUUGCGGCUUCUCUUUGCUAAAAUGAAUGGUCUGAAAACAAGGAGAGCAGUGCAGCUUCCAGCUCUAUCACCAUCCUCCGAGAGGGACCAGAAGGACAGAAAACCUGAAGCCGGAGAAGAAGAAUCUCCCAUGACCUUUAUAACCCAGGCACCCAUGUCCAACAUGACUUCUAACCCCAGCGGCCUGCCAUAACUACCAAGCACCUCAACCUGGUUCACCUUACCCCAUGAUUCCACAUAAUAUUUGACCAAACACAAACCGCACGAGUUAAGUAUUUAUCAGAAGGUAAUGGCUUGGUCCUCUGU